CAGCCCUCGGGACCAGCUGCACUCGAGGCCGUCAGCAAGCAGGUCCUCGUGCCCCCACCAUGGCCCUGUGGAUGCGCCUCGUGCCCCUGCUGGCCCUGCUGGCCCUCUGGGCGCCCACCCCUGCCCGGGCCUUCGUCAACCAGCACCUGUGCGGCUCCCACCUGGUGGAGGCACUGUACCUGGUGUGCGGGGAGCGCGGCUUCUUCUACACGCCCAAGGCCCGCCGGGAGGUGGAGGGCCCGCAGGUGGGGGCCGUGGAGCUGGGGGGAGGCCCCGGUGCCGGCGGCCUGCAGCCCCGGGCCCUGGAGGGGCCCCCGCAGAAGCGCGGCAUCGUGGAGCAGUGCUGCACCAGCAUUUGCUCCCUCUACCAGCUGGAGAACUACUGCAACUAGCGCCGGCCGGACGCCCCCU